AUGGAAAUUUCUAUCCAGCAUCCCUGGUAUCGCCGGCCCUUUUUCCCAGGCUUCUUCCCUUAUCAUUUUGACCAGUAUUUUGGAGAGCACCUAUCUGACAGUGACCCUUUUUCACUCUACACCAUGUUUUACUAUCGUCCUCAUUUGUGGCGUUUUCCAAGCUGGUGGGACAGUGGCAUAUCGGAGAUGAGACAGGAUAGAGAUCGCUUUGUUAUCAACCUGGAUGUGAAGCACUUCUCUCCAGAUGAACUGACUGUCAAGGUCAAUGAGGAUUUUAUUGAAAUUCAUGGAAAACAUGAUGAACGGCAGGAUGAUCACGGCAUAGUGGCGAGGGAGUUUUACAGGAAGUACAAGAUCCCGGCUGGUGUAGAUCCAGGGGCCAUCACCUCCUCUCUGUCCUCUGACGGCGUGUUGACCAUCAACACACUUCGCCAUCAGCUGGACAUCCCUGAACGCAACAUCUCCAUCACCUGUGGAGAGAAAGCACCAGUGCAGAAGUGAACCUGUCCGUAGCUGUACCUCUGCCUCUCGUCUCCAAACAAACCCCGCACCUCUGUAUUACAACACAAUAUCACAAGCUUUAAUGCAGCGCAGCAGAACCAAACAAAGCAGAAAUAUACCUGUCCAUAGGGAACAACACACCAUCAGGCAGUUGGUCAGUGAUUUAGAUCAGUAAAUGCAGGUUGUUAUGAAAGUUGGGUUUGGUUUGUUAUAUUUAUGGCCUACAGUUGGACGUUGUAUGUAAUUAUGUGGUUGACUUGGAAGAUGAUUGUAACUUGGGCUUUGAGAGGA